AUGCAGAGGUCCUUCGCCUGCCUCCUGGAGCAGAGCCGGAGCCGCGGCUCUGACCUGGCUCUCAGUGCCUCCUACCUGGAGAUCUACAACGAGCAGGUCCGGGACCUGCUGAGCCCGGGGUCACCCUGUGCCCUGCCCCUACGGUGGAGCAAAACCCGCGGCUUCUACGUGGAGAACCAGCUCAUUGUGGACUUUGAGAGCCUGGAGGCUAUCGCUGACCUGCUCCUGCAAGCGGGCGGCGAGCGGGUAAAGGAGACCGGCUCCAGCGGGGAACUCUCUGUGGAGGCCAACAACAUCAACCGCAGCCUCCUGGCGCUGGGACACUGCAUCUCUCUGUUGGCCAAACCCCGAGGGAAGCGGAUGCACAUCCCCUACCGGGACAGCAAGCUCACCCGGCUGCUGGCCCGCUCCCUGGGCGGCCCGGGGCAGCUCCCGGCGGAGGGAGCCCCAGCCUGGCCCAGCCUCUAUGGCCUCCUGCGGGACUUCGUGGUGGAAAACGAGCAGCUGAGGUACGGAGGGAACGCGCAGGACGCAGGAAUCUGA